CGGAACCAUGUCGGCGAUUGGAAUUCUUGUCUUGUGUACUGGGCUUUUGCUCGAGAUGAGUCCGCGUCAGGGACUAGUGGCGGCCGACAUACAUGACAGAGCAAUGAAGGUGCCAGACCCAGACCAAGACUACAGUGAGGGAACAUCGAAUAAAACGGAGCCUGAAUUAGGGACCAGGAAAAUUCAAGGACCAACUGAACCUCCAGGUUUAGCUUCCAAGGAACCAACAAGGCCUCAAACAACACAGUUUUCCGCGACAACACCUUCCUCCACAAUAAGUUCUGCGACACAACAUCCAGUAGAAGAACCCUCAGGAACAGAACCUCUUACGGGUGAACUUUUAUCGGCAGAGAUCAUUGAAUCGGACUUACCGAAGGUGACAGAAGCUCGACAUGAUACGAAGGCUUCGGAUGUGAAAUUUGAUGAACCACAAAGAAUAACCAGGAUGAGUUCGCAGACUUUAACAGAUACCAAUUCAGGGUCCCAGGUCAAUCAACAUCAUGCAACGCCAAGAGUGUUACGGACAAUUCUGCCGCAUGUGAUUAACCUUUUUACGAGAGCAAGACGGUUAGCAAGCAGAAUUUUAUGGACACCAUUGGAAUCGGGAAGCCAAAGGAGAGGCGAGUCGCUCAUAGGUGACGAUCGGCAAUUAAGCGGCUCGCCCGACGGCCAAAAUCAGGAUACGAUGAGCCAACCGAACUUAAGUCGCUACAACAUGACCGUCGGAUCAGACGGGAGGAGAAACGAUUCCGGCGGGAAACUCGAAGAAAGUUUACCUCGCAUCAAUGGCUACACCAAUUCAGAUUAUGGUCAAAAACAUGAUCAAAUAGGCGAACCGCAAUUAAGUUCUAUUGCAUUCAAUGAAUCAAGAAAAAAAGAAAAUGAUCCACAUAAAACACAAAGUGGGGACGGUAUGCCCCGCUCAAGUGACUACAGCAAUAAAGGAGACAGCUCAGCGUAUGGUAGAAUAUACUCAUCACACUUAGGUGACUACGAUGUCAUAUCCGGUAAAUCGGGAGCAAAUGAAAAUUAUUUCAGAAAAACACAAAAUGCAGAAAAAGUAUCCCGCUUGAGCAACUACAACAAUAUAAAUGACAGGUUGGUAAAAGGUAAACAAUUCUUGGUAGGGCCACCAUCAGGAGGAAUUCCUCACGACUCCGCCAGUUUAAGGGCCAAAAAAAGUGCAUUUCCAGGUGUAUCGGGUACAAAUAAAUGGCUCACUUACUUUCCGGUGGGAAGAGAAAUGACACCUCCUGAAAUGUUUUCAUUUAAGGAAGACGAGAGACAAGGGGCUGAAGCCAGUGGUAGGAGGAGAGUUAGAAGAAAUAGUAUCAGCAUGCCGGUGGGAAUAAUUCCUGAAACACUAAAAGAAGUUAUUCCUAGGGCAUUGACAGGAAAUAUUCCUCAGACACGAAGAGAAUUCAUUCCUGAGAUGCUAGAAAAUAAAAUACCAGAAACACCAAAACAAGGAAUUCAUCAGACACCAAAAGAAAUGACUCCUCCCACACUAAGAGAGGUAACGUCUCCGACACUAAGACAGGAGAUUUCUCAGACGCCAAGACCGACAAUUGCUCAAAAACCAAAAGAAAUAAUUCCUCCGACACAAGAAGAAAAAAAUCCUCAGAAACCAAAAGAGGUACUUUUUCAGUCGCCAAAAGAAGUGCCAACUAAAACGUCAAAUGGAUCCAUUACUAAGGCACCAUUAGAAGUUACUCCUCAGUUACAGAAGGAAGUAAAUACUACUUGGAAACCUGUAGAAUUCACUUUCAAUCCGAAUGGUAACAAUAAUGAUGAUGAUGAUGAUGUUUGCAAUGGGACUAAGGCGACAGAGAAGAAGGAACAGGAGGAUAAGAAAAAAGAAGUGGAAGAAAAGGAAAGGACGAUUUCGCAGUCGCCAAAGGAGGCGGGGACUACUUGGACACCUAUAGAGUUCGAAUUCAAUCCGAAUGGGGACGAUGAUAAGGGUUGUGAUGGGAAAGAGCUAACGCCCGAGCAGAAGAAAAAGAGGGAGGAGAAAAAGAAGAAAAAAGAAGAGGAAGAAAAGAAGAAAAAAGAUGAAGAAAAGAAGAAAGAAUUGGAAGAAAAGAAGAAAGAAGAGGAAGAAAAGAAGAAAGAGGAAGAGGAAGAAAAGAAAAAAGAACAUGAAGAAAAGAAGAAGGAGAAGGAAGAGGAGCUUGAAGAGCAGAAGAGGGAAAAGGCAGAAGAGCUUGAAGAACAGAAGAGGGAAAGGGAAGAAGAGCUUGAAGAACAGAGGAGGGAGAGGGAAGAGGAGCUCGAAGAACAGAAGAGGGAAAGGGAAGAAGCGGAUGAAGAAAGAAGAAGAGAGGAGGCAGAGAGGGAGAAGGAAGAAAGCUGGCAAGAUGACGAUGACGGUUUCAGAUUUAUGAAUCCCAACUUUUCUUAAAAAAAAAAAAAAAAAAAAAAAAAAAAAAAAAAAAAACAAAAAAAAAC